AUGGAUGAUGCACGAGAAGUAGCCAUUGCCAAAAUAUCGGAUCUUUUGAAACAUCCUGAUGACCUUAGUACCAAAGUCGGACUGUUGGCGAAACGCUUAGCCAAAGAAAAAGCAUCUAUCGAUGCGCAGUUGAACACGGGCGUGCAGACCCAGCUAGACAAUGUGCAGGAAGGUUUAGACAUUCUCAAGCUGUCAUCACAGAAUACUGAGAAAUUCAGAGAAAGCAUGCGAAAUAUUGACAAACUGUGUCGAGACGCGCAAUCAAUGAUUGGCGAUUUUCCUCGCAUCAACAAGAUUUCUCAAGUCCAUCAAAACUUUGUAGCGACCCAAGAAAAGAUUACGGCUUUCCAGGAAUUGUCGCAACGGUUAAAGGAUAUCGACGAGAUGUUUCGACCAAUGCAACGCGAUAUUUUCGAUCCUCACGAAGAGUUAUUACACGUUCAUUAUCAUCUGUUCAAGCUGGAAGAGUUCCGUGACCGUACGAUGCACCAAGCACGCGAUUCACCUCACGAUGUCAUUAUUACCCUCAAGACGUAUUUCCGUCGUGUGGAUGUCCUGUCCGACGAUUUUACUCAGCAUCUGUGGCAACUGGCCCGCAAUUUGCUGCCAUUGGCGGAGAAUGGGUGUGGAUCGACCAUUGUCAAGCUGGCCAAGAUUAUCGAAUGCGAAGAACGAGCCGAUGAAAAAGCCCUGGCCGCAAAACAAGCGCAAACCAAUCAUCAAGAUAUUCAGGGACACAAGAAGUGGCGAUUAGCUGGCGGCAAUCCACGUACCAUUAAAUCGUACCGAGUCGAGUUUUUUGAACAGUUGCAUCAGUCGCUGUUGGAGCACUUUGACCAGGAAUUUGCGCCGUACAAGGAAGCCGAGGAUUGGGUGGGCGCACUGGAUGCCACCGAUUUCAUAUUCAACGAUCUGGAACUUGUCUUUGAUCAGAUCGUGCCCCGCAUCCCGAAAAAGUAUAAAGUCUUUCCUUACUUUGUCCUCGAAUAUCACCGGCAUACCUAUGAUUUGUUGAAUCAGAUGGUCAAGCAAGACUUGGAUGCAGGCACCAUCCUACGCUUACUACGUUUUGUCCGUGAUUAUUACACCACCAUGAGCACCCGGCUGGGCGUCACGGAAGAAUUGCUCGAACCGCAACUGCUGGACGGUCAGGAACAGACCUUGGUUGAUGAAUACUUGAAACUGGUGCGCACCAAGCUGGCCGAAUGGACGUCGAAUCUGAUGCUAACGGAAUCGCGCGACUUUGUCAACCGCAAAACACCGCCCGAAAUGAAUAUGGAUAAUCAGUACGGUAUGGCCGGCUCCGUCGACAUGUUCCAGAUCAUCAACCAGCAAAUCGACGUUGCUGCCGAUGCCAACCAAGGCAAACUUUUAUACCUUGUGGUGAAUGAAUGUCAAAAGGUGAUGAAGGAUUCCCAAAGCUUUUGGAAGCGACUACUAUCUUCGGAAAUGCGCAAACAGUUGGAAACGCCGGAUGAAGUGCCGGGAGAUUUUGUAGAAUAUGUGAUGGCGUUGGCCAAUGAUCAAAUCAAGUGUUCCGACUUUGCCGAAGGUAUCCUCAAACGAACCAUGUCCCUUGUCGAAGCCAAAUACAAGGCUCAGGUGGAAGAGAAAUUGUCCAAAGCGUUGGACGGCUACAUUCAAAUCGCUGCCAGUGCUCGUGAAGCACUUUUAGAAGUCACCUUCAACGAUAUCAAGCCUGUGUUUGACGAACUCUUCACUCCCACAUGGUACGAACAACCACUGAUUCCUUCCGUCAUCGAGACCUUGAAAGAUUAUUGCCAAGAUUUCGCUCACUUGAACGACUUUUUGUUUGACAAACUGGUCAACGACAUGCUGGAUCGAUUCCUGAUGCUGUACCUGGAGGCGAUGACCCACCGAAAUGCUCGAUUCCAUAUGGAGACGUGUUUAUCAAAGAUUCAAAACGAUGUGCGCAUUUCCUUCAAUUUCUUUGCGAGAUAUAAAUCCGUCGAAGAACUGGAAGAACGGUUCGAUGUGAUUGAAAAAGUGCACACACUCCUUGAAAGCAACCGUCGUAUGAUUUUCGUUGAUUACUACACUUUACGCCAGGCGUAUCCGGACGUACCGCUCGCCUUUGUGGAAGACAUCCUUAGCAAACGCGACGACCUUGAUAAAGCCGCCCUCAAGGAUAUCAUGAAAGGCAUCAAGGCCAAAGCAAGAGAAUAUGAACCUAGCAGUAACACGGCUCCCACCAUCUUCAGUCGCAUCAAAUGGUAG